UGCGGCGGGUGCCGGCCUCCCUUUGCGGAGCGCUGCGCUGCGGCGCGGACCGGCUCUGCUGCUGCUCCCGCCUCCUCCCCUCGGCCAUGGCGUUGCCCGGCAGUUGACGUUGGGUUUCUCCCUUCUCUACCUCCUCCUCUUCCUUCUCCAGCCCCUUUCUUCCCCCCUUUCCCCGGGUCCCGGCUCAGGCACGUAGGCGGCCAGGACCGGCGGCGCCGGGUCCCCACCCCACCUUCCCCGUCCCUCAGGAACAGGCUGCAGGAGUCGGGCCGGCCGCGCCAUGAACCUCAUCAUCGGCAUCGGCGGGCGCUCUGCCCGCAGGGUCACCAACGGCGGGAAGACCACCCUCACCCGCAGGCUGAUGCAGGCCCUGCCCAACUGCAGCGUGGUGCACCAGGAUGACUUCUUUAAGCCCCAGGAUGAAAUAGAAGUUGAAGAUGGAUUUAAACAGUAUGAUGUGAUUAGUGCAUUAGACAUGGAAGCUAUGAUGAGUACCAUAAAUGCUUGGAUAAAAAACCCAGUCAAGUUUGAACGUUCUCAUGGGAUCAACAACACCCUGGAUGCCCAGAUCUUAGAGAAUAAGGAGGGAGGAGAUGAAACAAUCCACAUUCUUAUUGUUGAAGGCUUCCUACUUUACACCUACAGGCCAUUGAUUGAUGUAUUCCACCAUCGGUACUUUCUUUCCAUUCCAUAUGAAGAGUGUAAAAGGAGAAGAAGUUCAAGGAAUUACACUGUACCAGAUCCACCUGGAUUGUUUGAUGGCCACGUUUGGCCUAUGUACAUAAAGCACAGGAAGAUAAUGGAAGAUCUGGGAGUUGAUGUGGUGCACUUGAAUGGGACAAAAUCAAAGGAGGAGCUGUUUAAUGAUGUGUAUGGACAGAUCCAGAAUAAGAUUGAAGAAUUACUUAACAUACAGGUACAUUAAGCUGCUGCUGAUUCUUGUGAGUGAAGAUGAUUCCUGUUUGCUCUGCGCUGUCUACCUGACUGCCACUAAAGUUCCAGCUUCUGUGAAGACUCAACCCUGAAAUUUGACUUUGUUCAAUCUUCCCUUGAAACUGAGCUAUAUGUGGUCAUAAUUAAAAAGCACUUCCCCCUUC